AUGCGGCACGGACGGGUGGAUGAUAACGAGCGAUUGUCAGUGCCUGUUUACUAUCCUUAUUGUUACCCAUCUCGCCAUCCUGACUCUCCCUCGCCACGUAUUUUUGGCUUCUCCUCGCUCUACACUUUAGUCGUCUUCAUAUCCGGCCUUACUCUCUUCUCUCGCCUGAUGUUCAAAUUUUCUUCAUUUCUUUUUUAUUUUCUUUCUCUCCUUCUUUCUUUCUUUUUUUUCUGCUCUCCGUUCUUAUUAAUCUUUCUAUUUCUCAUUUUCUUCUUUUUUAUUUCUUUCUAUUUUAUAUUUUCUUUCUUUCUCGCUAUCUUUCUUUCUUUCUUUCUUUUUUUCUUUCUUAUUAAUCUCUUUAUUUCUAUCUCUAAUUUUCUUUCUUUCUCUUCUCUGUUAUUAUUAAUCUUCUUUCUGUUUCAAAUUUUACUUAUUUCUUAUUUUCUAUCUGUCAAUUUUUCCAUAUUCUUUCUUUCUUUCUUUCUUUCUUUCUUUUUUCUUUCUUUCUAUCUCCUCGUUGUGCUUAUUGAUCUCUUUUUUCUUUCUUUCUUUCUUUCUUUUUUCUUUCUUUCUAUCUCCUCGUUGUGCUUAUUGAUCUCUUUUUCUUUCUUUCUUUCUUUCUUUCUUUCUUUCUUUUUUCUUUCUUUCUAUCUCCUCGUUGUGCUUAUUGAUCUCUUUUUUCUUUCUUUCUUUCUUUCUUUCUUUCUUUCUUUCUUUCUUUCUCCUCGCUGUGUUUAUUGA